UAAUUAUAACCAGUGACUCACAGUGAGUGUGACAUAAGACAAACGGAUUUUGUUUCCUUUACAAUUUAACGAAACAGUAAUUAACACUCUCGAAUGGAUUCGUAGAGAGCAGCAAACUCCACUCUGACGCCAUACAUAAACAAUUCUUAACUUUAUCCUCUCAUCCUUAUCACUCUUCCUCAAAACUUCGAAAAUGCAUGCGAUCGAUUUCAAAGAGAUUCAGGAGAAGCUCUCUGAUGGAUUCCGGCCUUGGCAACGAUCGUUUCAGUUCUGGGCUCGUGCCACUGAUAUCUACACCGGAUACAAGGUUUCUCUUUGAUUGAUGGGUAUUUCAACUUCGUAUGAACUUCGUCAAGGAUGUUAAUAAGCACGAGGAGAUGUGGGAGAGACAACAUGAACUUGCUGCUCAUAAAGUUUAUUCUAUGUGCUCUGACCUUGGUGGUUUCUUCCUUAAGAUUGCACAAAUUCUAGGGAAACCUGACUUGGCUCCAGCUGCUUGGGUGAGAAAACUCGUCACUUUGUGUGAUCAAGCUCCUGCCACACCAUUUGAUGCCGUUCGAGUUGUCCUGGAGAAAGAGUUAGGUAAAAGCAUCGAACAAGUGUUUGAAACAUUUGAUGAGAAGCCUCUUGGCUCUGCUUCUAUUGCUCAGGUACACCGAGCAAGAGUAAAGGGUGACAAGAGGGAUGUUGUUGUAAAGGUCCAACAUCCUGGCGUUGAGAAGUUGAUGAUGGUUGAUAUCAGAAACUUGCAAAUAUUUGCAUUAUACAUGCAGAAAACUGAUAUCAAAUUUGACUUGUUCUCCAUGACAAAGGAAAUAGAGAAGCAGAUUGGGUAUGAAUUCGACUUUAAAAGGGAGGCCAAUGCAAUGGAGAAGAUCCGACGUUUUCUAUAUGAUAACAAUAGAAAGAGUCCUGUUCUGGUUCCCAGGGUGUUUCCAAAUUUGGUGACCAGGAAUAAUCAUAAUACGCACAGGAAGGUUCUGGUUAUGGAAUUCAUGAACGGAAUCCCGAUCUUGAGCCUUGGUGAUGAGAUGGCAAAAAGAGGGAUAAAUCCUCAUGGUAAAAUGGCAGAGGCAGCAAAAUUCAAUAUACUACACAGUUUGUCCCAAGCAUAUGGCCAAAUGAUACUGAAGAGUGGUUUCUUUCAUGCGGAUCCACAUCCUGGGAAUAUCUUGAUUGGUAAAGGUUCAGAGGUUGCACUGCUGGACUAUGGUCAAGUGAAAGAACUCCCUGACCACCUGAGACUUGGUUAUGCAAAUUUGGUAAUUGCCAUCGCUGAUAACAAUGCGUCAUUGGCGUUACAGAGCUUUAGGGAACUUGGUAUAGCUACAGUAGCCAAGUGUAAGAAUGAGCAACAAGAGCUUCUCCAGUUAGCAAAAACAAUGUUCGACACAGAGAUGCCUCCUGGUACGACAACUCUGCAACCUUUCUCAGAAGACUCUUCGAUCAAAAAGAUUUCGGUUGAGGCAUUUCCAGAGGAACUCUUCUCUGUUCUUCGCACAGUAGUUCUGUUAAGAGGACUCAGCGUAGGGAUUGGCAUUAAUUACUCCUGCGCUCAACACUGGAGGGCUAUGGCAGAAGAGGCUUUGCAUGCAUCUGGAAGACUCUCAACAGGUAGAAAGCAGAAGCGUCGAUGUAGUUCUCUUAGAAGGCUAUACCCAGGGCCAAGAGAGAGUUAAUAAAAUCCCCUGCCUCUUGCAAAUGAUGCUCUCAGUCUUUAGUCUUUACAUUAUUUUCUGGAUACAGCUAAGGCAGCAAGUUGUCUCUUACCUUAACCGGUUUAGUUGGUUUGAAACUUUGACUAGUGAGUACAUCUUUAUAAAAGUUUUGUCAUUAUAAUGUCAGAUUUGAGCACAAGGAGAGUUGCGUAAGUUUUAAAACUCUACUUUUGUGCUAUUUGUGAGAUACACCGACAAAGUUACAUGGCAACUACUAGGAACUAUAAUAGUCAAAUUUGUGAGAGUAUCAUCAUCAAGAACCAGAAGUAGCUUUAAACCGCAUUUGCAAUAUACAUUUGGUUGUGGUUCGAACCCAAAUUUGAGAAUGAGUGAAAGAAUGAAUGAAAUUCAUUUAUUUCCAUGUCAACUUUUCAAUAAUCACAGAAAAAAAACAAAAAUCCCUCACAACACACCUUAAAACUUGACCAUCACUAUCAUGUUAAUUCGAUUUUCCAUAUUUUCGACAAAUUUAACCAAUGAAAAUAAGGAAAAGACAAAGGUAUUACAUAUUUAUAUCAGUAAAAAAUAAAACUAUAAUUUAUUUGAUGUAUACAUUUGCAAGUGUAUAAUAAAUGAUAGAAAAUGAAAAUACAGUCCAAAAAAAGAAACAAUUUGCUAUCAA